AUGAUUCGAUUUGGUGGAAAUGUGUACAUUUUGCAUAAUGCUAUAACAUGUGUCAAGAAAGGUUCGAAUUCAGUGGGAAACUCCGAAUCGAUUCCAGACGUUAAUCAACGUAUCGGGUUUGAAAAUAUCCAAAAUUUCGAUGAAAAUAGCUCAACAUCAGGUUCAUCGAUGUCACCAACAUGUUGCGUUGAAGAAGUGUACAUUAAAAUCGAACCGAUUGAGGAAAAUGAGCAACCAAAUGUAAUUGAUGAAUCAAUUGCAGUUGCACCGGUGCAAAGCGUUCAAAACUCCCCUCAUAACUCAAGCGAAUCGUCCACCAAAUUACACACUGAAAACAAAGUAAUUUGCCUUGAAAAACCGAAACAAGUGAAGCGAAACAAAAAGAACGAAUCGUCCGAGUGCGAUGUGUGUGGUAAAAUUCUCAGUAAUCAAAGUACAUUGCGUCGACAUAAAAUAAUUGUUCACAGUUCACGUGGGUCAAUAUUUUGCAAAGUUUGUGCCCGUGUAUUUUCUAGCGCCUAUCAAUUGACAAAACAUAAAAUCGAAUGUAUUUUAAAACGGCGAAAUGACGGUCCAGCCUUAGAAGAUAUUUCGUUCGAAUGUUACAUUUGUAAAGCGAAAUUUAAGACAAAACGACGAACUAUCGAGCAUAUUCGAUGGAAACAUGAUCCACAGCUCAUGUGGCACAGCGUUUAG